AUUUUGCGAAUCUGCCUGGUUUCCUUAUCGCAGUACCGACCAGACAGACAGCUGCAGUCUUGCCCAACGGUUAAUCAUCCAUCUGCAUGUUGAUUCAUGAAUCAUCCAUCCAUCUUGAUCAGCAAACAUUUCACCAUCAUCUGACAUUUUUAGUUCCUCUCUUGACAUAGACCAUUUUUUAACGUUGUUGGGGAUGUUGUUAUUAAUUUAAUUGUGCAAAAUCUGCAGCACAACGCCACCAUGGAUAGCGGCGAGCGCACCCAGCUGACCCGCCAGAUCUUAGCCGAGAAUCUCCGCACGGUGGACGAGCCGCGCUCUGACGACCCGCUGCUGGAGCAGCGCGGCGGGGGGCCGCGGCCGCGCUACGCCCCGCACCACACCCCGCCCGAGGUGAUCCGCACGGCGUCCCCGCGGGCCGCGAACCCGGGGGUCGCGGGGAGCCCGAAGGAGUCCCCCACCUCGGAGACGGGCACGCGGACGUCGCAUGCGCCCGACGGAGGCUACGGGUGGGUGAUCGUCUUCGCCGUCUUCAUGAUCACCGUCAUCCAGGACGGGUUGACGUUCUCCUUUGGCCUGCUGCUCCCGUAUUUCAAGGAGGAGUACGAGGCGACGGACGGGUCGGGCUCGGCGGUGAAUAGCAUCUUGAUGUCGUUUACGUUCUUUCUCGCGCCCCUGGCCAGUAUCUUAUCGGACAAGUUCGGCGUGCGGAAAGUGGCCAUGUGCGGCAGCAUCAUUGCCUUCCUGGGCGCACUACUCUCCGUCUUCGCCACGAAAAUCUGGCAUCUCUGGAUCACGUACGGCGGCCUCAUCGGCAUCGGGUUCGGGAUGAUCUAUUUACCGGCCAUCGUCACCGCCGCCUCGUGGUUCGAGGAGCGCCGGGCGACAGCCAUGGGGCUGGCGGUGUGCGGGACGGGCGUGGGCGUGGCCAUGUUCUCCUUCACCGUGGAGCCGCUGAUCGCGCAGUACGGCAUGCAGGGCUUCCUUCUCGUCUUAUCGGGCAUCGUUCUAAACGUCCUCGUCUUCUCGGCCAUGCUGCGCGGCAUCCCCCACUCCAGCUACGAGAAGCGCAAGGCGCAGCGCCGCCGCAGCGGCCGCGGCGGGCGGGACGCCGGCGACGAGGUCCAGAUGGAGCCGCUCAACGAGAAAGCCGCACCGGACACUGACACGGCGGCGCCGGCCGCGGGCGGCCGUCUGCCGUUCCUGCGGCAGUGGCAGUACUGGGUGAUGCUGGUGGUGAUUCUGCUGUGCGGCUUCAGCGCCUACAUCCCCUUCAUGUUCCUGGUGUCGCGCGCCCAGCACGACGUGGGCCGGCACGUCAACGGGCAGGCGCUGACCUACAUCACCGGCGGACUGAACGUGGUGGGCCGGCUGUUCUCCGGCUUCCUCUCCGACCGCAAAUGGUGCAACCGCGGCGUGUUCUACGCCAGCUCCUACAUCAUCUCCGGACUGAGCAGCAUCUUCUCCUGGUUGUGCUAUAAUUUCGAGACGUUCGCCGUGUACGGCGCGGUCUAUGGAUUUAGCGGAGGGAUCAUUAUUGCGCUGCAGUCGGUGAUUUUGUCGGAUAUUGUGGGGAUUGACAAUUUGUCGCCGGCCUUCGGCAUCUCCCUGGUAGUGCUGGGCGCCGCGUCCCUCGCCGGACCGCCCACCGCCGGAGCGAUCAUCGCGGCGCAGGACAACGAGUACAAAUGGACGUUCGUGGUGUUCGGCGUGAUCGUGCUGAUCGGCGGCGUGAUCUUCCUGGUCGUGCCGUUGGGCGAUCUGUGCCGGCGUCUGCUCGGGAAGCGCGGCAACAAAUACACGCCCCCGCAACCCGGCAGCGUCAGCGCCUGAUUUCUGCUCAAUUUCCACGCGGCUAAUCAAUUACACAACGUUUUUACCGGGUUUUACGCUUGUUUUCUUCGUAGCAUUUUUUUUAUAUAUGCGUAUGAUGUGUUGUUAGCGGUGGCGUUUGUGCAUGCCCGACAAAAGAGUUCCUGGUUUUUGUUUUUUGUUUUUUGCCUCUGAUAUCGUUUAACGUUGGUUGGGUUUGUUUUUGUUUUUUCGGAGUGAUUGUGUUGUUUGUUUAUUCGUUGGCGCUGUGUUUUUUACCGAUUAAAAAUUACCAA